UGUGCAAUUGGGCGUAGUUGAGGUUCACGGGCUAUGUUAAAGAAACAAGUGAUUGUGUUGUUGGCCAAAUGGGUCCAAUGGUGUUACCAGUGGGUUUGGACGAGGAACAUGUUACAGUUUGAUGAAUGUGGAGGCUAUGCUGUCAAGCUUGGCAUUUAUGAAAGUUUCCAGGUGCUUUUUGAGACUACAGAAGUUCAAGUGAAAUGCAGAUCUAUGUUUUUAGGAGAUUGUGUGAUAUUUCUGAUUCUGACUAUAAUCUAUCUGGUCUUUAUGACUAAAACAAAACCUUAUACAUGUUCAGCACCUUUCAUCGUUGUUUCCAUUGAGAAACUUAGUCUGAUGCAUAUGCUGUUUAGAGCAGAGAUCGUUAUGGGUUUGAAUUCCAUUAUGUUUUCGAUGUUGUUCUUGAUCUUGAGCUUGUUUAGUUUAAGGUGUUAUUGUGCUGAAGUUCAUGAGAUCACUAAUUCCAAACCAUUAGCAGUAGGCCAAACUCUAGUCUCCCCUGGCCGGAUUUUCGAAUUGGGUUUCUUUAGUUUUAAUGAUUCAAGUAAGCAAUAUGUUGGGUUAUGGCACAAGAAUAUAUAUCCUCGUAAACAAGUGUGGGUGGCCAAUAGGGAAAGGCCUCUUGCAGUUUCAGAUGGCUUGGCUAGUCUGAGAAUUAGUAAAAAUUGGCAUUUGGAGCUUGUAGAUGGCAAACAGAGUUCUGUCUGGUCAGCCAAUAUAUCUAAUUGUUCAUCUGCAGUUCUCUUAGAUAAUGGAAACUUCGUUGUCAAAGAUGUAACGGGAGCUGAUAUGUGGGAGAGUUUCAAUGAUCCUAGUGACUCGCUUCUGCCAAGCAUGCUGGGAAGACAGAUUUUCUUGACAUCUUGGGGAAGUGAUGAUGAUCCAUCACCGGGGAUAUUCAAGGUCGGACAGUCAGCAGAGUUGCCAUCACAAUCGUUCAUUUGGAUAAAUGGAUCUAUUCCCCACUGGAGAAGUGGGCCUUGGGAUCAGUCAAAGUAUAUUGGUGUGACACCGGGAACAAGGUAUACUCUUAACAGUUCUAACAACAUUGCAGGUGACAAAGUUCUUGGAUAUAUGUACAUAUCUUCAGACGGAGUACUGAGCCAAAUGUUUUCAGAAAGUGGGAAGAACUGGUAUCUUGACUGGGAGUCAUGGAAAAGCCCAUGUGACAAUUAUGGUGCUUGUGGACCUUUUGGGGUUUGCAGAGCUUCUGAAUCUCCAAUCUGCAAGUGUUUAAAAGGGUUUACACCCAAGUCCAAUGAGGAAUGGAGCAAAAGAAACUGGACCGGAGGUUGUGUGAGACAAACAAAUUUGUCUUGUGAGACACACACAAAUGAAUCAGUAUCAUCAAAAUCAGAAGAUGGGUUUUUGAAGUUGGAAAGAUUGAAAGUACCCGAUUUUCAUCAAUAUCUGAUUCCAUUGGCUCAAGACAAGUUUGAGGACUGCAAGAUACAGUGCCUGAGUAAUUGUUCUUGCCUGGCUUAUGCUUAUGUUGAUAAAAUAGGGUGUUUGGUCUGGUCCAAAGACCUUAUUGAUAUGCAGCAGUUUCCAUAUUUGGGAGUAGAUCUUUAUGUCCGCCUAGCAGACUCAGAACAAGUUCAACUAGGUGAAGGAAAGCCGAUAAAGUUAAUUGCCAGCCUUACAGCUAUUGGUUGUAUGAGUAUCUUGGUCGCCAUAGUCUUCAGUUUGUACCGGUGGCGUGCCAAUAAAAAGCGAGAUGUCAUAUUAACAACUCCGCACUUGGAAUCAAGUAGUUUGAUUAAGAUUUACAGAGACGAUCUUCGAGAAUAUUUGGGAAAGCAUGAUCUCUCAGAGCUAAAGAUAUAUAAUUUUGAUAGCAUACUAAUCGCCACAAACAGCUUCAGCAUCACAAACAAACUCGGGCAAGGAGGCUUUGGCCCAGUUUAUAAGGGGAUACUACCAGAAGGGAAGGAAAUAGCUGUGAAGAGACUGUCUAGUAGCUCAGGACAAGGUGUUGAAGAGUUCAAGAAUGAGAUGCUUUUGAUCUCCAAUCUUCAACACAAAAAUCUUGUUAGGAUCAUGGGUUGCUGCAUUGAAGAAGAUGAGAAGUUACUGGUUUAUGAGUUCAUGCCUAACAAAAGCCUGGAUGCUUUUCUAUUCGAUCCAUCAAAGAGAGCAGUGCUUGAUUGGGCUACACGCUUUAACAUUAUUCAGGGUGUUGCUAAAGGCCUUCUCUAUCUUCACCAUGAUUCCUAUGUGAAGGUGAUUCAUAGAGAUCUAAAAGUCAGUAACAUCCUCUUGGAUGAAAAAAUGAAUCCAAAAAUUUCAGAUUUUGGAUUAGCACGCAUUGUUGAAGAAACACAGAGUCUAGAAAAUACUCUGAAGGUUGUGGGAACACGUGGCUAUAUGUCUCCGGAGUACGCUAUGGGUGGGGUGUUUUCUGAAAAAUCUGAUGUCUACAGCUUCGGGGUCUUGGUAUUGGAGAUUAUUAGCGGCAUGAAAAAUACCAGCUUUUAUUUGUCUGACCAACAGCUAGGCUUUCUUGCCUAUGCAUGGAAUUUGUGGAAUGAGGGGAGGGCAAUGGAGUUGGUAGAUGAAGUAUUAGGUGAUUCAUAUUCCAAAUCAGAAGUAAUGACAUGCGUGCAUGUUGGGCUUGUUUGUGUACAAGACAAUGCUGCUGAUAGACCUACCAUGGUUGAUGUAGCUUCAAUUUUAAGCAGCGAGAAUGAUGGUCCACUUCCUAUGCUGCCUUUAUUCACUAUCCAAAACUCAGCUUAUAAUCCUCAACACCCUGAGAAUACUAUAUCCUCCAAAAACGAAGCUAGCAUUACUGUGAUUGAAGGACGUUAAGCAACAGCAAACUUGGUACUUCACAAUGCAAUACAUCAAGGGGUUCUUCCACAUAUUGAGGGUUUUAUGGGGAUUCGGGUACCCAGUUUCACGACCUGAAACAAGUGGAGAUGCAGUGACUAAACAUUGAAGAACCAGAGCAUUUGCAUCAGGUACUCAAUUUGUUCUACUGUAAAAUUAUGGAACACUGCAAAGUUUCAAUAUUUCACAUGAAGUUUUACUUUAUUCCAGCUAUCAUGUACAGAUUGAUUGGUUUUAGUCAUG